AGCAGCCGGAAGUUGCGGAGCCGUCCCCGCAAACCACAGCAAGUGAGGGGAAGUCGGACAAUACCUCCACAGCCGUCAGCAUGCCGACAUCGCAGACGGCGCCCGCUGCAAAGCAGCCGGACGUUGCGGAGCCAUCCUCUGAAGCUUCUCCAGUGAAAGAGGCGACCCCAGUGAAUGCCGAGGCUGCGGCGCCGAUAGCGGCGGAAGUCCCGGCCGAGGCAGUCCCGACCGAAGCGGCGGCCGCGCAGAGCGAGCCGAUGGCCACGGAGGAGCCGCAAAGCGAGAAGGCCGAUGAAGAGAUGAUCGAGGCUCUACCUCCCGCUCUCCAGACGCUGCUCGAAGCCGCGCGGGCUGAGGAGGCGGUGCUCAAAGAUCGUCUGGCGCAGCUGACGCCCAGCGCGGAGGCCGCGUGGCGGCUGCGCGGGGCGGAGGCCGAGGGCGAGCGCGCAGCGAUGGGCGCCAUCGCGCGGCUCAGGGCGAGUCUCAAGGUGCAACAGCUGAAAGGAGAGGCCGAGAAGGGCUUGCAGGCCGAGAUGGUGACCAGCCUCCAGGCAGCGGCCGCCCGACUGCGGGCGGCGGAGCCCGAGGUGAGGUUCGACUCCGAAGGCCAGCGCUUGGCCGCGCCGGCGCGGAAGGAAGUGUGGGCGGCCGCGGAGGAGCUGCUGCGGAGCUUCGUGGAGGAGGCGCGGCACGCCCACGCCGCGCAGACCGCGGAGCUGGAGACGUGCAAGGCGAAGGUCGCCGAGAGUGCUGAAGCGCUCCAAGAGGCGAAGCUGCAGCAUGAGGCCACGCCAGGAGCCCAAAGAGGCCGCUCUGGCCAUGGUCUUCCAGCAGACGGUCCCUGUGACCUGCGAGCACCUCACCGCGGCCAUCGCCGCUUUGAGGAAGGAGCACUGCGAGCUGAGAGCUUCGCAGGUGGUGGUGACCAAAGGACUCACCAAGCUCCGCUUGCUGAUGACGGACUCCUUGGAGGCCUGGGCGAGCCGACGGAAGGCAAGGCCGGCCCUGGGCCUCUUGGGGCAGUGCGACGCAGCGCGGCGGAGCUUGGAGAAGAGGGAAGCCAUGCCGCCGGAGGUGCAGGACCUGGCGGAUGAAGAGACGCGCUUGCGCAGUGUCAUAUCCCUCUACUUGAGGCAAUCUGGCGCGGCGCAGCUUCAAGCCGCUCUACGGCUUCACAGCCUGCCAUGGGAGACAUCCGAAGAUUCGGUGGUUCGUGACGAGCCCAGGACGCCAGAUCUGAAGCUGUGGAAACUGCCGUGCCACGAUAUCCAGGCGCUGCAAGAAGAGAUUGCGGCCUUGCGCCGCCACAUUGAACAGGAGGAGCAAAGAGCGCAGAGGUUGGAAGAAGGAUUUGCGAAUGUCGGGCUUGACGACGGCGACGGCAAUGAGGAGGAUCAGGACAUGGCGCCACCUCCGGCGCCGGGUCCUGUGGCGCUGCCCUUCACGGCCGAGAAGUCCGGCGCAGAUGUGCCAGAGCAGCAUGCGGAAGCUGCUUGGAAGGCCGCCUGCAAGGCGGUGGCUUCGGCAUAUGGGAAGCAGAAGGAAGCUGCCGCAGUGUCAACCCGGAAGGCGCAGCAGGCGCUGGAGCUGCAACGGCUGGAGCUUCAGCAGCGGCUGAUGGCGCAGGAGCUGGAGGCCAUCCGGGCCAAGUGCUUGCCAGCUUCAGCCCCACCGCAAGGUUUGGCCAAUGAAGGCUUGAAGGAGGCAAAAAUGCUGCGCACGGAUUUGAGCAAAGUCUCCAGCCUGCCGAUCCAUCUUCGCUCCGCCGCUUUGAAGCUGGUCUCCAGCGCUGAAGCGGCGAAGUUGUCCUCAAUCAUCCAGUGCCAGUGGUGGAGCAGAAGGAAGCGCAGCGCCUUUGCCAAUGCUACAAGGAUGCAUUAGCAGACAGGGACAAGGCGGCGGAGGCGUUGCUGACCUGGAACGGUAGGCACUUGCAAGCAUCUUCGCAGAGAAGACGUCGGGUGGACCUCGAACAGACGUUGGAGGAUCUUGGGCAGCAGAUUGCGGAAGAUGCCAAAGCCUUGGCAGACUUCGACAGGGCGCACCAUGAGUUGGAGGACCAGGUCAAGGCGGGUGCCAAAGAGCUCAUGGAGACGCAGCAGAGGAGGACGGUGCUGACGAGCAAGUGCAAGCAGGCGGCGGAGGUGACGAGUCAGUUCAACAAGGCCCAGAAAGACCUGCAGCUGAUCCAGAAGAAAUGCGAGGAGACCUGAAGUCUGAGCUGGUGACCAUGGCGCAGGACCAAGACUCCGGGAAGGAGGCGCGGCGCAAAGAGAUUGAGGACCUUCAGGAGAAGAAGCAGAAAAGCGAGGAGAUGAGGCGAGCAAAACGCAGGCCGAUGAGAAGGAAUUCUCCGAGACCCAGGCGGCGGAGCGGGAGCGUCUGAAGGCUGAGUUCGAAGCGCUGGAGAGCAGCGCCACGGCCAAGGCCAAAGCGGACGCCAGCCGCGUGCUGGAGCUGCAGGCGACUCG